GCCCGACCAACGAUCGUCUAUGUAGGCAGGCUGCGUCAACGGCCUGCGACUACGUGUCCGCCCCUCACGCCCCACAGACCUCCUUUCUACCUUGUACUCGUACUCUGUUUUCUUCUUUUGCACUUUUCCUCCACUACUUUUAUCUGACAGCUGCCACGUGUCGCUCUCGUCGGGCCAGCGUUUAUUUCACGUUGCGUUCACUCACAUCACAACCUAAUCGUUUUAAUGGGCAGAUUUGCUGGAGGCAGCAGGGACAAGGCCUGCGGAAAACCCGCACAUGAACUUCCGCCGUGAACACAUUUCUCAAUCAAUAGGUUAAACCUUCUACUUCUGCCUUUGAUUCGCGUAAAGCACGAGUAAAACCGCCAGUUUCCCGGCGUGUUUUUCCAAAAAAUAUGCAGUUUGGCAGAACUCUUCAUUACUACAAUCACAUAGAAGUUCUACGCCCGGUAACUUUAGCUCCGAGUUCCUUUCCAGUCUAGAGGUUGUCAAACAGUCAACAGAGGUCAAAGGAGUAAAUCACCAUGGGGACAGUUUUCGCCAUUGUUCUUGUUUUUGUCGGAUGCUGUAGCAAUGUGGUGUCUCUGGAGCUGCUCGUAAGAGAGUUUCCAGGAUGCGGCAACAUCGUCACCUUCGCUCAGUUUGUAUUCAUUGCAUUUGAAGGCUUCCUCUUUGAGACAAACUUCGGUAGGAAGAAACCAGCGAUCCCUAUCAGUAACUACGUGAUCAUGGUGACGAUGUUCUUCACAGUCAGUGUGAUCAACAAUUAUGCUCUCAACUUCAACAUCGCCAUGCCGCUGCACAUGAUCUUCAGAUCAGGAUCACUGAUCGCUAACAUGAUCCUGGGAAUAAUCAUCCUGAAGAAAAGGUAUUCAGCCAGUAAAUAUCUGUCUAUAGCUUUGGUUUCAGCUGGUAUCUUCAUCUGCACCAUCAUGUCUGCCAAACAGGUGAAUGUGGCCGAUGAGGGAUCAGAGGACCAGGGAUUUUAUGCCUUUGUGCGCUGGCUUAUAGGUAUCGCCAUGUUGACCUUUGCUCUGCUGAUGUCUGCCAGGAUGGGCAUUUUCCAGGAGACGCUGUACAAGCAGUAUGGAAAACACUCCAAAGAGGCUCUCUUCUAUAAUCACUGCCUGCCUCUGCCGGGCUUCCUGCUUCUUUCCGCAGACAUCUACAACCACUGUGUCCACUUCAGUCAGAGCGCUCCUGUAGUUGUUCCUGUGGUCGGACUGACCGUGCCGAUUAUGUGGUUCUACCUGCUGAUCAACGUCAUCACACAGUACGUGUGCAUCCGUGGCGUUUUCAUUCUGACCACAGAGUGCGCCUCGCUGACCGUCACCCUGGUGGUGACGCUGAGGAAGUUCCUCAGCCUCAUCUUCUCCAUCAUGUACUUUCAAAACCCCUUCACUGCCUGGCACUGGGUGGGCACGGCCGUGGUCUUCCUGGGUACGCUGCUGUACACGGAGGUGUGGAGCAACGUACAGAGGGCUCUGCGUGGACCGGACGUCAAGGACAAGAAGGCAGAGUGAAGAAGAAGGGACUGGAAAAAACAGCCACCGUGUUGGACUCAUGGAUCGUUUUUUGGUUGACUACCCUGCAGCGAUUUUAUAGUUAUGGCUUUUUGUUCUCACACAUCAUUGGCUCUAGUGAACCGCUCAGACACAACAGGUGAAAGGAUGAUGCUGGUGAUAUUCUAUAUUUUUAUUACUGUCAACCAACAACGUGUUGGUCCACCUCUCAGUGCUUUCCCACCUCUCUACCGUGUCUGUGUCACUCAGCCCAAAGCCCCUUGGUUCCUGCUGAAGACGCAAAUCUUUAAAGCGGCUAUAUCUUUAAAGCGGCCAUUGAUCACGUAGUCACGUGAUUAAUGGAUCACGUGACAGCUUGUUACUGAAAGAGUUUGCUUGUAGUGAUGACUUUAUGGGGAAUUAUCACCCAACCCUGCAGUUCCUCUCAGCUGUCUGUAGCAUUUUAGCAUCUUUUAACUCCUUGUUCUGGUUUUACUGCCCACGGCGUUACUGUUUUACUUCUGUUCUUGAUUCUCACCGCUCUCAUUAGGCAGGCGGUUUUCAACGAAACAUCUCAACUGCACACCGCCUGCUCAGCACCAAACAGCAGACAGACACAGUUAAGAGGCCAGCUGGUGAUAGUGGAGAUAUAGUACAGUGGCCCAAAGUGGAGCUUUUAUCAGCUUAAGAGCCAGAUGUUUCCCUCGGGAGUUGGUAGAGACUGAAAACACAGCUACAAGAGAGGGAAUACAGGACUUAAAUUCAUCAGGUGGACACAAACACGACUCCAAAUGAAUCAUAAUGAUGCUCCAUAGCUGCUGGUUGUUUAAAUAAGUAACUGUUUGCUGACAGUUUUGAGAUAACAACUUAAAAGGUGAUGAAAUGUCUAAAGCUCCAGCUUUUUUUUUGGUCUUACAUUAUAGUAAAUUGAAUAUUUUCUGGUUUUUGACUGUUGGUUUGAAAAGAAAAUGACAUUUGAUGUCGUCACUUUGUUCUCUAGUAUAUUGGGAUGAGCUUUCUUCGCUGAUGUUUUAUAGACAAAACGGUUAAUUGAGAAAACAAUGGGCAGAUUAAUCGAUAACGAAUAUAAUCUCGUCAGUUGCCGUCCUAGAUAUGUCAGUGUUGUGUUUACAGCUUGUUUCCCCUGCCCCCAAGUGGCCAAAAACAACAAAGAAAAUAAGAAAAUAUAUCAGUUAUUGUAGGUUUAAAAACUGGUAACAAAUAUAUAAUUCCCUUUUUAAAAAGGUUAUAUAAAUUCCUAAGAAAACUGGGCUUUGUAGCUGUGGAUUUUAAAAACAUUACUCAAGCAACAGUAAAUAAUAAAUUUGUUAAGCACUAAUUCCAGCAUUGGAUUAAUACAAAUUAGGUGCUUUAGUGAGUAUUUAGCAGCAGGACGGUGUUUACAAUCAACUGAAAAUUGAACUACAGAGCCCAUGUCCGCUGUGAAGAAGGAACAUGUUGCCCAGUGAAACGGCUCACUGAUGUGUUUUAAUAGUUUUUGGACAACGGUCUAGGUCUAUGGCUCAGAGGAAUAAGAUAUAACAGGUUACUGUAAGUGGGAUCUGUUCAUAGUCGCUUUCGGUCUUUUAUUAAAAAAAAAAAAUAGAAUAUCACCAAACUUAUCCUUUAACAAUAGUACCUCAUUAGCAUUCAGAAAUUCAAAAUCA